AUGCGAAAACAGGUACUGUCGUAUUUCCCUCCAGUCUCCAUGCGUUACACUCUUUCAACAGGGCUUCAAACAAUGACGCAGGGCUGCCGUACUACCCUCCAACCCCUGGCUCACUGGUCAAUUAACGCUGGGCGACGAUGGGAUUGCCAGGCUUCGCCGGACUUGACUAAGAUCCUUCACGACCAGGUUGAGGAGCACUUCCAUAACUACAAGAAUAAGUUCUUCGACAAGAAUACGAUUCCACUGUAUCCCUUCUUCUCUGGCGCUGGCACAGGUACAUCACGCAAUGCCACCGAGCUGGACAAAACUAUAUAUAAAUGCUUUGAUGGCACUUACUUCGAAAAGAAUGAGCUUCUGACAUCACAGGUCCACAUUCUGUUCGUUUUCCAUUCAAGUUUUGAGAGUGGUACCAGUUUUGGCCAAUUGAAAACGAUCCAUGGAGAGCCAUAG